CCCCAAUUACCCAGCGCCUCCCGCGACAGCAGGCACUGACGUGGCCGCCGUCAGAGCCGCCAUCUUGUGGGAGCGAAACCAACGCCUGGCUCCGAGCAGCAGCAGCAGCAGCAGCCGCCGCGGCCGCCGAGGGGUUUCUCUGGCCAGUGUUGAGUACACCAGCCUGCAAGCAUGGGAAAUAUUUUCGCUAACCUCUUCAAGGGCCUUUUUGGCAAAAAAGAAAUGCGCAUUCUCAUGGUUGGCCUGGACGCUGCCGGAAAGACUACUAUUUUAUACAAGCUGAAACUUGGUGAAAUAGUAACUACUAUUCCCACUAUAGGUUUCAACGUGGAAACUGUAGAGUACAAAAACAUCAGCUUCACCGUGUGGGACGUGGGUGGCCAGGAUAAGAUCCGGCCUCUGUGGCGCCACUACUUCCAGAACACACAAGGUCUGAUCUUUGUGGUCGACAGCAAUGACCGAGAGCGUGUGAAUGAGGCCCGCGAGGAGCUCAUGAGGAUGUUGGCUGAAGAUGAGCUCAGGGAUGCUGUCUUACUAGUGUUCGCUAACAAGCAGGAUCUCCCCAAUGCUAUGAACGCUGCUGAAAUCACAGAUAAACUGGGAUUGCAUUCUCUGCGCCACAGAAACUGGUACAUUCAGGCCACCUGUGCCACCAGUGGGGACGGGCUGUACGAAGGACUGGACUGGCUGUCCAAUCAGCUCCGAAACCAGAAGUGAACCGAGACCGUGUCCUCCCCCCUCCCUCCUCUCCCUCUUCCUUCCUCCUCUUCGCCCUCUGCUUUACUCUCAUGUGGCAAACUGUGCUACUCCGUGGUAUUGAGUGCCAGAAGCUGUUUCCAUGGGUUUUGGUCACAGUAUGUAUUGCACCAUGCUGUAAAUGUGGCAGACGCAGCCUGCAAACAGGUUUUUUAUUUAAUGUAAAUAGUUUUUGUUUCCAAUGAGGCAGUUUCUGGUACUCCUAUGCAAUAUUACUCAGCUUUUUUUAUUGUAAAAAAAAAAAAGGAAACUCAACUCACUGUUUAGUACUGAGAAGGGAUUUCAGGUGCCCUGGCACCUGGGCUUCCAGGGGUUACUGUGUUGGAAGAGCUGAGAGCGCCUCUGCUUGGCUUUAGAUCUAUGUUGAGAUCCAUUUUGGAGGUUGGUUUUUAACCCAAACUCAGUGCAUUUUUUAAACUAGUUAAAAAAAAAAAGAUAAGGAGAACACUUGAACACACAGAAGGGAGAAAUAUGCCUAGUGUAGGUUUUGCAGUAACAACGUGAAUACUAGUCCAUCUGAUCGUCUGUUUCCCUUUGGGAACGUGAGAGAAGGUGACGCAAAUCAAACCCACGAUCAAAUUUUGCAUGGUCACAAUAGAGAUCCCUGUAAUUAUGCUUUGUCUUUGGAUCAUCCUGUAUUUCAUAGAGUUUGUGCUUGUACUUGUGCUCACUUGAUUACCCAGGAAACAAGCUUUGAAGCUGUGGCGAGGCCCGGCCACUGUGAGACCAGCGGCCCCUCUGUCAGGUCUCUGAGGCCCUAGACAUCCCCCCGGUGUCAGAGCCACUCGACCUGCAGGAGGGCCUGUGCGCUGGCCACGGGCAUGGCAGCAGCCUCUGGCUCUCAGUUGAGAAGAAAGCAAGGAGCCACCAGCCUUUUAUUUUGGUCAGGUGUGUGGUGCUUUUGUUGGAAACCACUUGCCAGAGCCGAGAGCCUGUUACUCCCAGCGUUUACUCAGCAGAUCUCUCGGGGGCCCUGGGGUCUCACCUCCAGAAACGCUUGCAGGUUGGGAGUCAUUCCAUUCUAGAACGGACAGCCCGUCUCGGAGCGCCCCUGUCUGUGUAUGUGUGAAGUAGCUUUCACUCCCUCCUCCUGCCAGGGUCAGAUUUGCCAUCGGAAAAAGAUGACCUCUAUCCUUUUUUUUCUUUUGUAUUUUGAUAAACACUGAAGAAGCUGGAGCUGUUAAACUUUAUCUUGGGGAAAAACAACCUCAGAACUGGUUUAUUUGGUGUUGUGGAACCUCUUACUGCUUUCAAUACACAAUUAGUAAUCAACUGUUUUGUAUACUUGUUUUCAGUUUUCAUUUCGACAAACAAGCACUGUAAUUAUAGCUAUUAGAAUAAAAUCUCUUAACUAUU